UAUAUGAGUGUAUGCCUUUUGUACUUAAGGAGCUACCUAAAAAGAAAACACUCCUUAAGUGAAUUCAAUUGGAUAAUAGAGCAAGAUGGUCGCUGCGGUCCCCGACGUAUAUUCGCAUGUCAUAAAUAUUGUUGUUAAUUAAACGGACAUUAUAAAAGCUUAUGUACAGCUAUUCCAACAAGCAAAUUAUUAAAUAAAUAAAAACACAAUAACCUUACCAAAUUCGCAUCACAUGGCAGCAAUAAUCUUUGUACUAAGUAAUUAAUAGUGAUAGUUUUAUAAAAAUGCUUACUACUUAGGUAGGUACUUUGUACAAAAGAAUCGGUUCAGGCAUCCAGUAGUUAUACUGUGGUUUAAAGAAUUAGCAUACAUGCAUGAGACUUAAGAUUACUUAAAACAACACUUUUUUAGAUUUACUUUACAACAAAGGUAACUAGUGUAACUACUUUCCGACCUGUGGGUGGUGUGGAGGAUCCUUCUAAUCCCGAAGGCUCACGUCUUUAAGCAACAUUAUUUAGGGUGUAGAAGUGGAUCUCUAUGUCGUGUAUUUCGCUGCCGUCCUUCAUACAGUCUUCAAGUAACCAUUAAUUAUUACCUACUUUAAUACGUGGUAGCACACCCUCUAAUCGCCUAAUUGGCCAAAAUGAGAUAGACACAUUGUGAUAUAGGCUCGUCCGUACUAUAGUGAAUGUAAGGUUGACUCUUGACACCUACCCUCAGAUAGAGAGUCCAACAGGACCGUGGUAGGUUUGCCUGAGUAGUGCAGACGACGAGAGAUCCCGUGAAUCGGGGCUUGAAGGUCGUACAGUAUCUUUGGCAUCGGUUGAACUCAUUAGAUUUUCAUGUUGGAACAGAUAGGUUUUAGAUUCAUUAGAAGUCGUAUUUACACAGUUCUCAAAUAAGUAAUCCUGAAAAGGGGGUCACACAUUAAAUUGAUCCCCAUAAAGUAUAAAGCCCUUCCUGUCAAUAUGAAAAACGUUAAUAGUAGGCUAAUGUAGGUUGGUACAGUCAGCAAGAGAAGUUCAGAACCGCUGUCAGAUUUACAGGGUGAUGUGAUAUAAAAUGCAAUAAAUUAGUAUUGAAGCAAUGGUUCAAAAGUUACCGGUAACGCAGGAAACCAUUUAGAAAAUUGCUGAAUACCAAUAUUGUAAACAUAGUUAAUUAUAUACGAUAAUUUGUUAAUCUGACUUAAUCAAGCAGUUUCUUAGCUGAAUGUACUUAUAAAUGCAUCGAUAAAAAGCAAUAGUCGCUUAUAUUGCCUUUAUCAUAGAAAAAAGCUGAUUGAUGGUUUAAAAGCUUAAUCAGAACUACACAUGUGUUGUCCCAGGUACACAAGUGGAUAAAGGCAGACAGUUUGAAGAUGAAACAUGUUUUUAAUGUGUUGUUUACUACGCAUCACAUUUCAUUUAUCUGGCGUAAGGGUUAGUCGUUUAUCAGACGGGCUACUUUAGCUAGACAAAUAAUAAAACGACUUGGUAAAGCGGAAGCCUAAUUGUCACUGACGACCAACCAAAAUAAAUAGUUAAUUAGGUAUAUAUAGAAUGUAAGCAUUACUUUCGGUGGUUGGACAAAUCAUAGAAAUGAGUUUUGUAUAUUUUUAGCACUGCAAUAAAUUGUUAAAAAUGCUAAUAUUGUUAUGCACUGUAUUCAUAAAACUACUUCAUUUCUGAACUUUAUGUGCAAGUGUAUCCAUCAAAUAUAAAGUUCUACUAUAUACUUAUAAGCUACAUUUUACUGUCUUUAUUUACGUUGUGUAAAUAUACUACUUAAAUAAAAAUAUUUGGAGUUAACAUUCAGAAUUGUUUUAAUUUAAUUAUUUCUAAAAAUCGAUACGUCUACCCACUAUAGAAAUUUUUGAAAGCAACAUCUCUAGCGGUUCUACUUUGACAUUGACAAUUUGACAGUUUUGACGCGACGUUUGCGGCUUUUUGGUUGUAUAGCACUUUGGUGUAAACAAAUUAAUUUAUAAAUUAGUAAAUGGUCUCCUUGUUACGUUUUCUGUAAUAACAAUGAAUGCUACAAGUUUAUAUGUUUCUACAUGUAGACUUAUAAUUUUGGCAGACGCAGCGGAUAAGUCUUCUUGGACAGAUUUGUUUCGUUUGGUUCCUUAUUUACGACAAUCUUUAUCUUGCACCGUGUGUGGAAAUUUAUUAAAGGAGCCCUACACGCCAACAAGUGCCAGCUGCCAGCACCACGUUUGUAAAAAGUGUAAAGGUGGAAGAAAAAAACUAAAGCCCUCUUGUAGUUGGUGCAAGGACUAUGAAAGUUAUGGUGAGAACUUACAGCUUCGAAUACUUUUACAAUGUUAUAAGAAACUAUGUGAAUAUUUUAUGGGAACGGACGUAUAUCAGACUUUGUUGGACGAGGAUGAGAUAGCAGCUGGUGUGAAUGGAGGCACAGUGGCUAGCUCAGGGCUCAUUGACUUAAUACAAGAAGGUGCUGGCUUCUCAGAUGACUACAAAAGUACUGCUGGACUGUCAAAGUCUGCUUAUAGUAUUUUACCUUGUGUAUACACCAACUCUGCGGGUACUCAAACACAUGGAGCAUCAACUUCCAGUAAUUCUGAAAGUAGAUCAUCUAAAGGCUCACCAAACUCUAGAUCUACCUCAAAUGGAUCACCUUUGUAUUCUGUGAUGUAUGCCGGCUCUGGAAACAAAAUUACUAUUAAGAGAAAAGCUGUUGAUGACACAGAUUCAUCCCACCAUCAUGAGUCAAGUUCAAGUCGAGAAAGUAAAUCAAAUCAAUUAGGGUUUAAGAAGCCUUCAAACAGGUCCCGUAGUUCAGCUAGCAGUAAGAGAAAAGGUUGUAGAUGUGGCAAUGCCACAGCAACUCCUGGCAAGCUGACGUGUUGUGGGCAACGCUGUCCAUGUUAUGUAGAGAGUAAGCCCUGUACAGAAUGUAAGUGUAAAGGCUGCCGGAACCCACACAGGCCAGAUGGGAUGAAGGUUCGACCGCAUAUACCUCAAUUGGAUAGUAUACAGCUUACGCUUAACACAAACCCAGAGACAUCACCGUCAUGUUCUGGCUCUUUGGACAGUUUAGAUACCGAUACCCUCACAAUGGAGGCCAUGGAAGAAUCUCUAAGCUAUUCAUCUGAUAUCAAAUCUUCUAAUAUUAAAGUGUACACGAGUCAGUUACAAGAAGUGUCGCCGUCAUUACCAGCAGCUAUAAUGAUGGACGAGGAGUUCACGGGCUCGGGCGACGAGGAGACGAGCUCGCCGCAAGACUACGCGCUGGCGUCGCCGGCCGACAUGAGCGAGCUGCACGACCACAUGGACGAGCCCGACAUGUCGCCGCAGUCCGCCGACAACGACAACAGCGACAUCGAGAUCGACGGAUGACACCCCCUCGCCCUCGCGAGCGACUAGGACCUCCCCUCCGUCGGUCGCCGGCGCGGGCCCCGGUCACUCACUGCGGCGGUACUGCUAGUCAUGCAUGUCUCACUGGUAUUAGCCCUAAGGUUUACGUUUAACAUUAACUAUGGUCUCUGUUGUACGCUACAAAUUAAAUUAUUCAUUAGCUGCAUGUCUGAUAGCUGUGACUGUUCUUUGACUUAGUAUUUUUUGGGUCCAUCGAAUUUAAAAAUAAUGAAGAGGAGUGAUUAGGUUUAGCAGAUACUUAAUUGAGUACUUAAAUAUCCAAAGUAUAUUGUCUUGUGUUUACUAUGAGGAAAGUAAUAUUCGCUCAUUGAUAGGGAACAUAUUUAAAGCAUAUUCUCAGUUUGACUACCAUCAAUGUAUGAUUGUAAUGUGAAUACUUAGCGCGACUAGCCUUUACAGUGUUAGCUUGAUAGUAUUUUACUUUUAAUACUGUAAUAUAUAUUUUACUAGAUUUAUAUUUUAAGAAAAUGCUAUUUAAAUAUGAUCUUACUAUUGAAGUGGUCUUAAAAUUAUGUAUUUCCUUUGUAACUCUCAUGAAAUAUUUUAUUGAACUUACAGUUUUGUAUGAAAUGAUGUUUUGUUGUGUAUUUAAUGAUUGCGAGUUCAGUUAGGAGAGGCAUUGUGUGUGCAUAUAUGUAUAUAGACUAUAACACACAGGUUGUUACUUGAGUUAAUGUUACUUCCCAAAGAUUUAAAUCUAUGAAAGAUUUAUAUAUUCCUUAAAAUCUGAUUUCCUUUGAAAGUAUUGUUAAUAAUAGUUUUGUAAAUAAUGGUUUCUUUGAAAUAUGUUGAAGCUUUUUCUAAGGCUUGACUGUACUUGUUAAAUGUCGAUGCUCAUUAUGUAAUAGAUAAUUGUGCUGACAUUAGCGGUUCAUGUCUUUCUCUACCAAACAAUUUAGAAUCGUCAUAUGAAGCAGUAGGAUAACGGCGUCCUAAGACAUUUGACAGGCACAUGCAAAUUAUUCAAAGCCUCAUGACUGUUUUAUUAUUGUUAAGUAGUACAUUCAAUCAUUUUCUAUAAUUAUGUAUUUCCUCCAGUGAAUGUCGUUUUAAAAUCACACUUUCAAUAUGGAUUGUAAUCAAAUAUUUUUUAUAAUUUACAUUUUGAUUUAUUAAAAGAUAUAAAUAAUUAUAAAAAAGACAUGAAAAUGACUAUUAAAUUAAGAACAAAAUGAUUAUUUUAAAAAGUUUCCAUUAGUUGUCCACUAAUUAUAUAAACUACAAAGAAAACUGUGAUACUGCUGUCACCAUUCAUUGAUAUAUUGUCACUUUUCUUCCCAGUAGAACUUUGAUAUAUUUAUGUAAUGAUAUCAUGCUUAGAAUAACGGCACUGGAGUACAAACGUUUUAUAGUUCUACUUACUGUAACAUAAAUGUGAAAUAAUGUAUAAAGCAAUUAUCGUCUCAACCACAAGUGACGAAAUUAAAAGUAUUUUUUGUUA